CUUUGUGUUCUGCCUCCGACACCCUCUCGCCCGCCCUCCGUCAAUCACGCAAGGUCUGCCACCCGACCACCCCAUCCGCAGCGCCAACACCUCCGUCGGCCGCCAGAUCCGGAUCCCGUCCCCAUCAUCAACGCCUCCGCCCCCGUCAAGCUCCCUCUACGCGUCUGCCUCCUCCUCGGCCUGGAUCCGCGGCGGCCCUAGAGCGCGGGCGCGCAGGCACGGCCGGCGCGGCUACACGGCGGCGCGGACGCCGCGUCCCCGGCCCCGGUCAUGGCGCGGGUGCAGGAGACCUGCCAUGGCGGCACCGGUCCCAAGCCCUAGCCCUGGUGGCGGCGCGGCAUCAAGCCCCGGCCCCACCGGCGGGCGUGGUCCCGACGGCGGGCGCGAUCCCUGCGCAGGCCUUCUCCUGGUACGCGGUCUGCAGCUGGUCCUCGAGCCUUGCGCCCCUGCGCAUCUCCUCCUCAUGGCUGGCCUUCUCUGCGGCUAGGAGGCCCUAGAGACGCUCGACCUCGGCGCGGAGCAUGGCGGCCUCGCUCUCGUUGGUGGCGACGACUUGCUCGGCGGCGGCGACCUCCUCGCGGGCCUGGACACAACUAGCCGUCGCCUUUUUUGAUGUGACGGUAACAAUCAGCAAACAAACCGUGAAUAACAAUCCUCACCGAACUCGCAGCAUUCUCUCCUCUAAAGCUCCCGCUGGGCAGCUCUCUGCAAGACAUGCUGAUAUACGACACCGGCGACAUUCGCCAGCCGCCCUGCGCCCCGUUCGUGAAGAAUGCGUCAGCCAUGUUCAGUUUCUCGCAGGGCUGCCUUUGUUGGAGGCAAGAAGUGCCCGCAGAUAUCUGGUGCUUUGUUGUGGCACCGCCUCAUGCAUGGGCACCAAGGUCCUCUCGACGCUCGACGGCAUUCAACGGCACAAACAAGAUCCGUGCCUACGCACACUGCGCGAAAAACUCGGAAGAGAUCGCUCUGCUCCUGAUCAACCUGGACGGCAUCAGCACGAACCGCAUCUACGUGACGAGCCAAGGCGCGCACGCCCGGAGCGGAAGGAAGAAGGAGAGCAGGACGUCCGACGUCCACAUCAUCCCUGCAGGGCUCGGCGAAGCAGCAGCCGCGCUCACGAGACAGGAGUACCAUCUAACUCCCAAGGACGGGAACCUGCAGAGCCAGCAGCUGCUGCUGAACGGCAACGUCCUGGCAACCGACGCCGACGGGGAGAUCCCGGAGCUGGAGCCCGUGCAGGUGGAGGGGACGCAGCCCAUAACCGUGGGCCCUUACUCUAUCGUGUUUGCUCACGUCCCCAGCUUCUACGCUCCUGCGUGCCUGUAGCUAGAGUUUUCGACUGGAUUUUUUUUCAGCCUUUCUCGGUGUGCAUCUCGUAGGUUAGGUAAGUCUGUCCGGGUGAACGGCGAAGCUUGUUCAUCUCUGCCCAUAGUCCGUGAAGUGUAAGCUGCUAGGCUGGAAGGUUUGUGGUUUAUGAUUGUUUGGGAAAGGAGUGGUCAGAUAUAUAAUGUGUGAGCAAAAGAAGGAAGGAAGCUGGAAAUGAGAUAAUAAAAGAAAGGGUUUUGAGUUUUA